UCACACCUUUACUUCACUCCUCACUCUUCACCUCCACCUCACCUUUCCAACUUCUUUCCACUUUCCUACAGAUAAAACAUGGCUGACUCUCUCACCGAGGAGCAAGUCUCCGAGUUCAAGGAGGCCUUCUCUCUGUUCGACAAGGAUGGCGAUGGUCAAAUCACCACCAAGGAAUUGGGUACCGUCAUGAGGUCGCUCGGCCAGAACCCUAGCGAGUCCGAGUUGCAAGACAUGAUCAACGAGGUCGAUGCUGACAACAACGGCACCAUUGACUUCCCAGAGUUCCUCACCAUGAUGGCUCGCAAGAUGAAGGACACCGACUCCGAGGAGGAAAUCCGGGAAGCUUUCAAGGUCUUCGAUCGCGAUAACAACGGUUUCAUCUCCGCCGCGGAAUUGCGCCACGUCAUGACCUCGAUCGGCGAGAAAUUGACCGACGACGAGGUCGAUGAGAUGAUCAGGGAGGCUGAUCAGGAUGGCGAUGGACGCAUCGACUACAACGAGUUCGUCCAGUUGAUGAUGCAGAAGUAAACCUUUGUCAGUUUGAUUCACGAUUGGUACAUGCAUACGGCUAUGUGGUUAUGGUUGAGACUUCCCUGCAACGAGUAACGGAUCGGUUUAUUGGUUGAGGCACCGGCUGCUUAGAAGACUCAUUUGCUGUUUCUUGUCAACAAUUAAGCCUUUGAUGGAGGACUGCACUCCCGAUAUCCUCUAUUCUAUUCAUUGGUGCCUUACUUUUGUGCUUUUUUGCUGUCUUCACUUCACACUAAUAGGUCGAUUGUGACGAUUUCCGCUUCUCCCCGCAUACUCUCAGGAUGAUGGCCGCCGACGACUAUAUUUCGCUUAAAACCCAUGAGUAUAAAUGCUCCGCUCACGGUCCUACAGAUACAAUUGAAAUAUAAAUAAACCGUAUGUACUUGGCAUUGUCUGGACCCUGGGCCUGCAGGCUGG